CUCCCUACGUGACCUACACAGCGACAACAACCAUCAAGAGAACACCUAAAUUACUAUAUUCAGAUUAUUACUGCACUCAUAACCUAGCUGAAAGACAUAUCAGAUCGCAAACGCGCCGUUUAAUCACAAAAAUGACGUCACCAAACGUGAACGUCCUCCUUUCUUCCUUUCCUGGACUCUCUCUUCCUCCCACGCUCUCAUUCUCUCUUCCUUCUACAUCAUCGCUUACAGACCUCACUGAAAAAGUCAUUUCAUAUCUACCGACACCUAUUCCGUUCUACUCACUGGUUCUCACGACUACCAGUAACCAACAAAUCCUUCCGUCUCCUAAGAGUCUAAUUUCACUUCUCGCUGGCCGUGAUGGCACUCUAUCACCAACAAACAAUCUUUUGCCACUUCGUCUCACUGUUCCCUUGCGGGGAGGUAAAGGAGGUUUCGGUUCCCAACUUCGAGCGGCCGGUGGGCGCAUGUCAAGCAAACGGAAGCGUAACCAGGGAGAGAACAACGGCUCCAGUCGCAACCUUGAUGGCCGUCGCCUUCGUACCGUCAAUGAAGCCAAAGCAUUGGCCGAAUACCUCGCUGUGAAACCAGAGAUGGACCGGAAAGAAAAGGAGGAACGCAGACGCAGAUGGCAGGCUGUCGUCGAGGCGGCGGAAAGGCGCCAGGAAGAAUUGAAGAAUGGUGGUGGUAAAUUGAGGAUCGAUGGCCAGUGGAUGGAAGAUAGAGAAGAGAUGGGUGAGAAGGCUAGAGAGGCGGUUUUGCUGGCCAUGAAGGACGGCACCUGGACGGACAACCUUCAUGAUGCAGUCAAUGUCGGUGGAUCCAGUACGAGCGCCAGCGAGGGUAGCUCGAGGGCGUCUACAUCCAGUUCUGACGAAGAAAGUGAAGGCGACACGAAUGAACUCGGUCAAACACCUUCGCCUUCAGAAGCUCCCCGCGCUCCGGUUGCGCCUAGAAAGUUUAUCGGAUUUGACGAUGAUGACGAGUUCAUGAGCGACUCUGAGGAAGAGGGAGUAGAGAAGGUGGAUGAGCCAGAAGGUAAGGGCAAAGCCCGAGCCUGAGUUUUCGAGUAUGGUACUUUACACGGCUGUUGGGGCUAUUGACUUUGGCGGUGUUUUGCGAUAACCGUAGGGGUUAGUCAGGGCAGCUUAUUUUCUAUUCUAUUAAUAUAUCACAUAUGUAUCUUC